AUGAAGAUCUUGGGGUUAAUUGUUGUUGCUGUUGUUGGGUUAGUUGGUCAAUGCCAUGGAGCAUUGCAAGUGGGGUUCUACAAUGGCAAGUGUGGCACAAAGGAUGUGGAAUCCAUGGUCCAGGGUGUAGUGGCUCAGCGUUUUAAAUCUGACAACACCAUCGUAGCCGCACUGCUUUGCCUGCAAUUCCAUGACUGCUUUGUUUCAGGGUGCGAUGCAUCAUUAUUAUUGGAUGGGACGUCAUCUGAGAAGAAUGCUCCCCCAAAUCUUAGUGUAAGAGGGUACGACAUCAUAAACCAAGCCAAGGCUGCGGUGGAGGCUGCUUGUCCUGAACUAGUCUCAUGUGCAGAUAUCAUAGCCCUUGCUGCAAGAGAUGCCGUCUCCCUUGCUGGAGGACGUAGCUAUGCUGUGCAGACUGGAAGAAGAGAUGCCUUGUUCCCAGCUACCAAUGUGAACCUCCCUGGACCUUCCAUUUCAGUGUCUCAAGCCAUCUCCGCAUUUAAAAGCAAAGGUCUCAGCACCAAUGACAUGGUCCUCCUCUUGGGUGCCCACACUGUUGGGGUAACACAUUGCCCCCUGUUCCAAAACCGGCUCUACAAUUUCAAUAACACAGGGAAGCCUGAUCCCACCAUGAACCCAACCUUGGCCUCACAAUUGAGGACUGUGUGCCCAAACGCCAGCCCACCUCAAAACACAGCUGUUAAUCUUGACCAAAACGCUUCCAGUGCUUUCAUUGUGGACAAUGACUACUAUAAGCAGAUACUAUCAAAGAGAGGAAUCCUCCAAAUUGACCAAGCUCUCGCCCUUGACUCUGCAACUCGGACCAGUGUUAUGGUCUUAGCAGCUUCGAACCCCCUCUUUAGUAUUGGGUUCGGAAAUGCUAUGGUGAAAAUGGGAGCUCUUCAGAUCCUAACUGGAACACAGGGUCAGGUUAGAAAGGUGUGCAAUGUGGCAAAUGGUUAAUAGUUGAUCUACCUAACAUGCUGAUCACAUCUCUAAGGUUGAUCCAUUCCCCCAUGUGUUUCCUCCCUUUCCUUGUUCUUGGGUUUUGCUGUAAUGUUGCCUUCUGAUUUUGGUUCUUUUGCUAUUCUUGUGACUCAGUUUCUCGUGUGCAAGUUCAAGGGAAUUGCAGAGGUCCCUUGUUACAUGAGAUGGCAAUGCUCUUGAAAAGGCAUUCCCUACCAUUGAUGUUUGUUACAAAUCUUCUCCUAUCUUAUUCUUUUGUUUUGUGGAUGCUGAUUUUGGUUCUUAGCCUCUCAUGUUCUUAUUCUUGGUUUUGGAUGUAUUGAUGUUGAUUUUGUUUGUUAA